CCUCUCCGACCUUUUUUUUUUUGUCCAUUGCGCGCUCCCAUUUCCCGCUCGAUCCCCUUUUCCGCUCUCUCACUCAAAACCCUAAAUCCUCCCCCCAAAAUUCGUAGGGAACCCCCGAGGAGAAAAUGGCGCUAAAGAAGAAGGGCGACGAGGGCUCGGCGGAUCCGAAGAAGCGGAGGCGCGUUGGAUUCGCCAGUAUUGAUAGUGGAGUCGAGGCGAGCGAGUGCAUCAAAGUUUUCCUUGUAAAGAAUCAAGAUGAAGUGGGUGCACCAAGCAGCACUUGUAUUGAUCCUGUUGACCUUAAUCAGUUCUUUGGUGAAGAUGGCAAGAUAUAUGGUUAUAAGAACCUAAAGAUCAAUGUGUGGUUGAGUAUCAUAUCAUUUCAUGCUUAUGCUGAGAUUUCGUUUGAGAGCACAGGUGAUGGUGGAAAAGGUAUCACUGAUUUGAAACCUGCCCUUCAGAACAUUUUUGGGGAAUCUCUAUUAGAGAAAGAAGAAUUUCUUCAAACCUUCUCAAGGGAAUGCUAUUAUCUCAGAAAUAUCACAUCAAACGGAACAGUCAUUUGCACCGAUACCUUCAAGGAGGAAGGUCAUGCUUCUGACACACACUUGGAUGCCGAAAGUCCUACAGUUGAGAUUGUUCGCAUGAAACUGCACAAUGAGCCUGCCGGUUUGCUUUACAGUCGUCUGGUGCCCCUUGUACUCCUGCUCGUUGAUGGUGGAAGCCCUGUUGAUGUCACUGAUCCAAAGUGGGAAAUAUUUUUGGUAGUGAAGAAGAUACCAGCUUCAUCAACCAACUGCAUUUACCAAUUGCUAGGGUUUGCAACUGUUUAUCGCUUCUAUCAUUACCCUGAUAGUUCCCGAUUGCGAAUCAGCCAGAUAUUGGUGUUACCGCCUUAUCAGAAUCAGGGCCAUGGUCGGCAUCUUCUUGAGGCCGUGAAUUCUGUUGCGUCAUCCGAGAAUGUGUACGACAUUACAGUCGAAGAGCCAUCUGAAUAUCUUCAAUAUCUCCGUAUAUUCAUCGACACUCUCCGCCUUCAGAGUUUUGAACCGACCAAACUGGCCGUAAAUACUGUCAUCUCCUUUCUGAAAGAAGUAAAUUUGUCGAAAAGAGCUCAAAAAUCAAAGAUGGGCCCACCAUCAGGCCUUAUUGAGAUUGCCCGCCAAAAGCUGAAGAUCAACAAGAAGCAGUUCCUUAGAAGCUGGGAGGUCCUUGUUUAUCUAAACCUCGACCCUCAGAAUCCAAGGUGCAUGCAGAAUUUUAGGACAUGCAUUGAGGACCGCAUUAAAGGGGAGAUACUCGAUAAGGGUGCUGAGAGUAACGGGAAACGGCUUAUUGAAGUGCCUACUGAGUAUGACAAUGACAUUAGUUUUGUCAUGGUGUGGUCACAGGAUGGGGUAGAAGGGGACAGCUUGGAGGGUGAGGUGGGGGGCGACCGGAAGGCGCAGGAGCAGCAGCUGAACGAGUUGGUUGAAAAGGAAAUGGAGGAUAUUGCUGAGAUUGCUAAAAAGGUUUCUUCAUUUUGCAAGAGUGAUGAGAAACAGAUGGGACAAUGCUAGAAUCCGAAGAUUUGCUAAACAAGAAAAGUGGGUUGCUUUUUUUAAAAAAACUUUCCUGCAUCCUAAUGGUUGAUUCUUGGAUUGUAAAUUGUAACCGUAUGAGUAAAAACUGGAGGAUGAGAGAAUAUGCGGCGAAGACAUCAUGAGAGGGCAGUGGAGAGUUUCAGGUUUUGAAAGAAAAUAUAUUUGUCGUUGAGAGUUGGAGAGUAACCUUGUCAUCUUGGUGAUGCUAAGAGGCUCUUACAAUAUUAGGAAAAACGUUUUGGAUACUCUCUUUUUAUGAAGUUAGUUAGCUACAUGGUCUUGAAUUGCUAUGCCAACUUCAGAAUUUUUUUCUUUUUUUCUUUUCUUUUUUUGGCGCUAUCGUGUGUUUCUGGUUCAUUCGACCCUUUCAUUUUUCUGGCGGUUAGCUUGAUGCAGCGAUGAUUCCUGUUUGGAAGUGUAUUUUCCAUAGAUUAAGUUUGUUUUUUUUUUCAAGUAAUAAUAAGUUUUUUUUGGGUUAA